AUAAUAUAAAAUAUAUCUACUCUAUGAGUCAUUUUGAUGAUAUUGAUUUUGCUUAGAAUUCAAACUCUAGUAAUAUGCAUUAUGAAUAAGAAGCAGAUUCUGGGAAAAAGUAAGUGUUUUAUUUAAUAAAGAAAGCCAAAAUAAAACACAAAGAAUACUUAUAUAAAAAAGAUAUCAUCACUUAUAAAAAUGACCAAUUAAGAAAUAGUUGAUGAAGCGUAAUAAUUAUUAUUUAAUCAUGUUUUUAGUUAAGAAAAAAAAUAAACUGUUCACAAAGUAUAAAGUUAAUAAUUUCCUGGAAAUAAUUUAGGGGAUAAAGAAGAUAAAUUAGCAAAAAAUAGAGAGUCUGCAAGAAAUAGUAGAAGAAGAAAGAAGAUUUAUUUAGAAUUGUUAGAAAAUAAAGUUACAAAAUUAUCAGAACAAUUAGAUGUUUUUAAGAAUGUUAAUGAAAGAACUCAACAAUUAGCAAUUAAUCUAUAAAAUAAAAUAACAUAAGUAUUUUCAUUAACAAUUAUUUAGAAAAGGGAUUAGGAUUAAACAAAAAUGAUUUUAUUUUCUAAUUUAUAAAAUUCAAUCAAUGGAAAUGCUGGAGAAAUGAAUAUUGACUCAAUAAUAGAUUCUUUAAAUGUAUUUAUGAAAUAUUAUUGUUUUAUAGAAGAAAUUUGGUUCUGGGUCACAAGAAAGACAUUAAUUGAUUGAUCAUUAUGCAAGGCAAAUUUAUGAAAAUUGUUUAGCACCUUAUAUUAAUUAUAUUGUAGGAGUAGCUAAGACUGAAUAGGAUAUAUUUUCAAACUAAGAGUAAAAUUCAAAUUAAUUCUUAGGCAUACUGAAAAUACAAUAUUGAGAAAUCUUAAGCUUACAGAUAAAUAAAAACAAAUACUAUAAAAAAAAUAAUAAAAAUUACUCAAGCAUCAAAAUGAAUUGGCAAAGUAUUCAAAUUUUAUUAUAUUAUAAGUACAUUAUCUUCAAUUUAGGAAGUAAAAAAUUAAAUAUAAGCUGAAUUAACUUCAUUUGAUUUAACUUUAGAAUCAUUAAGAAAAGAAUUGAAACCCAGCCAGGUAGCUAGGUUUUUAUUAUCAAUUGAAAAAAAAGAUAUGUAACAUCAUUUUAAAGAAUAAUUUGAAAAAUGUUUUGGGUCAGAAAUUGAUGAAGAUGAUUCUUUAGAGUUAUAUUAAUUUAUGACAGAGCAUAAUCAAUGUAAUUCCCUUGGAAUUGAUAUUCAACAGACUUAUGAAAUUUAUAGAGCUUCCAAUGAAUUUUUAAAUGGAAAAGCUGAAUCAGAAGACCCAUAACAACAAUAAAUGUAAUAAACUAAAGUUGAAUGAAUAGUUAGUUAUAAGCC